CAAUUUCAUCAGUCGAUGUGUGUAGCUCUAAGUCGAACUUUUGGUACAUCUUAUCGUUCGGCAACACAGUCCAUCCAAAUACGGGAGCCUCUCUAUAAAUGAUAUAAAGAGAGGUUUCGUAUCGGCGGGAAUAGGACUAGAUAUUUUGAAGUCACUCAAGGGAUCUCCCACACUGCGAUAGCCAACUGAUACCAAGAGAAAGCCGGAUUCAUUUAGCCGUAACAGAUGAACGUGUUCGGGGUGGUCGGUGGUAAAGACAAUUAAAUAUCAUUGCAUCCCAAGCCUCGAGCCAGUUAAGUCGAGGAGGGUAAUGUAUCUCCUUGAAGACGAGAAGAGGAAUGCUUCAUGCCCGAUCCUACUGACAACCUUGCCGAGGGAUCACCGCAAUCUACAUUGCACGAACCUUGAAUCGCCAACUUCGAUGAGCCGCUCAAGGCAACCCGGAGAUGCAUGGGCGAAUUCUCAGGGCACAGAAAAGGUCAGAUCGUAUAGACAAUGCUUGGUUCCUCUUGAACAUGGCAUCCUAAAUAUCCCACAACCUUCGGUAGGUCUGUUGCCCAAGAACCUAGCCGGCUCAACAACAUUUAAUGACAAAGCCUGAUGCGGCUUUGGCUGCUUCUCUGAGCACUUGCAACAGAUCAAGCUUCGCUAGGGCAUGCAUUCAAACAAGAAUAUAUCGCCCCUCGGAAAAGAUGAUUAGCUGAUUGAGAGAUGUAUCUGAAGUUGCAUUGCAUUUAUUCGAAUGAUACGGCCAAAACAUUACUGCGUAGUCCAUAAGGGGGCGAGGUUCCAGAAGAAAUCCAUCGCUGGAUAUUGCCGUCAGAGAAAAGAGAAUGUGGCUUCAUUAAGAUCUCUUCAUGCGCACCUGCUGCUUUUGAGGAGAAGGAAACUUCUAAAUGUUCUGUGAGAUACUCGGGAGCUGUCUGAUGAACACGGAUUAC